GAGAAAAAAUUAUUAGUUUAGCCGGAAUUAUUGGCGAUCAAGCCACCGCCUUAAAAUCCAGCACCAAAAAUAUUUUUAUUGAAUGUGCUUCUUUUAAUCCAGUCACCAUUAGAAAGACCGCUAAAAGUUUAAAUAUUUCUACCACUGCUAGUCAUUUUUUCUCUCGUCAAACUAAUUUAGUUUUAACUCCUCAACAAGUCCUUGCUCGAGUUAUCUCCCUUAUUGUUGAAACAUACCAAGGAGAUAUGGAUUCGGGAACAUUUUUUCCUUAUCAGAAAACAGAAAAAAAGGAAUUAACAGUGGCUAUUAGUCAAGAAUUUAUUACUAAAAAAGUUGGACAAGUGCUACCUGAGCAAACUAUUGAAAGGGUUUGA